GAACUCACAGUCUGACGAACGAUGUAAAGUUCUUGUUCUUGUCCGCUGUAUUUUGAUUUAGGCCACAGUUAUUAUCAUUAAUCUCAGGUAGGCAUAUGCUCUACAAGCGGAAACAACUAACACUUUUUGCUGGAAUUGUUUUUCUUUUCCCUUCUGCAGUAAAGGAACCUUCAUGCUUUAUGUUCUCUACUCACUUAUCGCUUGGGAGUUAUUAAACAAUGACCGAACCGGAGUCGUAUGCGGAAUGUCCCAGUGAUGUUCUGGUUUAUUUUUCGGAAUCAUUGCACAUCUUCACCGGACUGUUAACAGUUGCAACUGUAUGUGGCGGAUUUUUAGGAAUUGUUGCUGCAGCCCUUCUCUAUGUGUUUUGCCUGAAACCAAUACUGAUAACUGGACAAAGUUAUGAUGCCAGGAGAUUGUUUGAGACAGAUGACCUGGCCUGUGACAACAAUCAAAGUGAGUGUGUCAGCACCGGUAAAAUAGGAAUUCAGAGUGGCACUAUCAGUGACAAAGAGAAGAAGCAACCACCCAUGAACAGUGAUGUGGCUGCUUUUGCAUCAAGAGCGAAGGUGGUGUACCCCAUCAACCAGAAAUAUAGACCCUUAGCAGACGGUGCCUCCAAUCCCUCACUACAUGAGCAUUCCAAGGUGCCAAACCUCCCAAACGGGGAGUCGUCUUCCUCGUCCAGUGGCGAAUCACUGAGCCAGGAUCAGGACAACGACAGUCAGUUCAUCUCGUCCCUCUUUCCCAAGAGCCUACAGAAUGAGAACUUUACCAGGGUUACCCACUACCCACACACACUUUUUCAGUCUGGUUUUGAAGCCAGAAUCAGUCUCUAUUGCUUGGCCCUUCAAGACAUCCAACAAAAGUGCUCCCAGGUCCAAGAAGAAAAACAUUUGGUAUUUCUCCAAACUCUCAAAAUUAUAUUCAGUCGUCAUUUCCCCAGGGAUAAAAAGGACAGAGAUUUCUUCACCAAUGUUCUUCUCAGACAGGAAAAGGAACUUGAAGAACUGAAGAAGCAGCAAUUCUCAAGAGUGUUUGUCUGUGAGAGACACAAAGAAAUAAGCUCAGCAGCUCCUUGUACCUUGGAAGAGAUGGAAAGAACCCAGAAAGACAUAUUGGAACAUGGGCUUCAAAUGGCAAAGGGCUUCAGUAAGCAGAUAGUGGGUCUGUGCCAGAAUUUGCUGGGAAGAACAAGUGUACUUCCAGAAGACAAUGCCAAUGAGACCAUCCAGUCCCUCAUUCAGUGUCUCAAAAUGGUUGAAAAUAAUCUUACCGAGACUCAGGCUUCAAACAUUGAGAAAAUUCAGGAAAAACUGCUAUGGUGGGAGGAGCUUACAGGCCUGCUGCAAUCCCAGCCUGCCUUGCUCAGACAGGAAGUAGCCCUGAGGCAGAUCCUGGUGGCCAGAAGCCUGGAACAGCUGACCAGUGAUGGACACCUGACCUUUGCCCUCAUGGAAAAGACUCUCUCUGACCUGCAGUGUGCUCUAACAGAGGGGCUACAACAGUGCAGCGAAGAGUGCGGGAGGCAGACUAAAGAGCUUGUCAGCGAGAAGUGCAGAAGGUUUGACUUGAAGAAGAAGAAACUGCAUAGAACUCAUAAAAGGGAGAAAAGCAGUGUCCUGGAUUCUGCUUUGACCUACAGCAACCCGCAGCAGUUUGUGAAGGCAUAUGAAGAGCUGCUUGUGAGACAGGGGAAACAGAGCGGUGACCUAGAGCUUCAGCAGGAUGGGAGGGUGGCUGAGGUAGCAUGUGAACUUUGGAGGAGACUCCACUUCACUUGGUCAAAGAAGCUGGAGGAACUAGCCAAGGAGAUCACCCUGACUGCUCUUAUCGCUCAGUCACAGCUCUCUACAGACCAGUGUGAGAAGCUAUGGCAAGAUCUAGAUCGUGACCUGAUUUCACAGCAACAGCUAGCCAGAUCCACUACCAAACUGCAACUGGAGGGCCUGAGAGCUCAACUGGCACAAGAUGGACAGCUGUGGUGUGAAGAAGCCACCCUGGCUCUAGCUUGUGUCAAACAUCUGGGAGAACAGCAGAUGAAGAUCCUCAAAGGAAUGGUGGUGAGACAGUACUCUGCACUUAGCAGCCAAACUGGCAUGAUGAUAGAAGAGAAACAGCACAUCCUACUGGCAGCCGUACAGAGGCACUUUGUGGCAAGACAAUUUGGUUUGGGAAUCCUGAAGGAGAUGAGGCUGUCCAAGCUCAAAGUCCUCUUGCAUAGUGACUUUAAAACAUUGGUAUUGGAAGACCAUAGAAUCCAGUCUACUAUGGGCCCACCAGCCAAAAAUCAACACAAGGACAUCUAUGCCAGUUUUGCGGAGAGACACCUGGGCCCCGAGACCCAUCUUAUCGGUCAGAGCUUCCAGCAGGAGUUCCUAUCAGAGCUGGAGACGGGGGCAGAGCUUCUACAGAGCAGCGCUCAACUGCUGGUGGGUUACGCCCUUAGCCAUCACAUCUGGAAGAUGAUGGAGGCCAGACAGACUAACAUUCAGCCCAUUCCACAAACUGACGAAGGCAGAAAGUGUAAUUUAAUAGAGUUGGCCUUGGAGAGUGUCUACUUAACCAAAGAUUCCCUAAGCUCUCUGGUCCAGGAAUACUACUCCAAGAUACAAGAGAUAACUAAGGACCUAGAAAAGGACCAUAGUGCCAGUACUUCAGAGGUGUGUGAGAGACAUGAGAGCAGCUCUCAUCUGAACAAGACUCUGCUAAAGGAGCUGGCCAACUGGGGGAAGAAGCCCACAUCGUAUGAGUUUAAACAAAGGGUUGAAGUCCAUAAGCGGAAGAUGUUGGAAAUGUACAACUUGGAUGGAACUCAAUGGAGGAAGAAACUGUUCCAGGAUCAAACCCUGGAGAAAGUAAAAGAGCAAUUACAAGAGGCAGAAGAGGCUUUCAUUGCUAAACUUGCUGCCCACGCCAGGGUGCAUCUAUCCAGCAAUGAGCUCAACACUGCAGAUGAUAAUACAGGGGAGGAGUGUUCAACAUUUAAUCCGUUGCUAAAUCCAAUGUUGAAUCCAGCACUGAAUCCAAUGUUGACUUAAAUCCAACAUGAAAUCCAAGGCUUGUGAAUCUGUGCUAAAUUGAAAUUCUUGCACUAAUAUUCACAUAUUUAUUAGGUGUAUCUUAAACCUGUUCUUUCUAGUGUCCUUGUGUGCAUGUAAUGUGUCUGUAAUAUGAUUCCAGUUCAACCCUCACUUUACAUAAAAUAACACACAGAAUGUACAUGAACCUGAAAGUAAUCUUAUGCUACAUGUAUAUGUUUUGUUUUUGGGUUGUGUAGUUAAAUUGUUCAUGCAGGGUUAAAAAUUAAACAUAUAUUGAAAAGUCA